UCCUUGAUUGGGCAGUUGUCACGUCGAUCAGAACAGCGCCGGUCUUAUCUGUACCUUUUAUUGGUUAAUGCCAUAAAACCGCCUUCUUACUCCAAUUCCGCGCCAGGAGUCUCCAAUCAGCUGUGUGCUUGCGCCUGUUGGGCGGGUCCCCGGGCUUUGGCUCUCGCCCAAUCAGAGUCAUUGUUUGUGUGUGGCCGGUGCUGCCGCAGUGAGAGGCGCCGGACGGAGCCCACAAGCCGACUCUUCGCUCAGGAUGGACAGAGUGACGGAAGACUCCUUGCGGCUCAACCUCCUGAAGAGGGGCCUGGAGCAGCCUGAUGAGCGAGAGGAUGUCCUGGCCAAGCAGCUGAAGAUGGAGGGGCACGAGGCCAUGGAGAGGCUGAAGAUGCUGGCCCUCCUGAAGAGGAAAGACCUCCCGGGCCUGGAGUUGCCCCACGAACAUCCGGCCAAACAGGACGGGCUGAAAAUGUACGAGGAGAAGCUGAACGGUAGCCUGCGACCUCACGGGGAUGGUCGGCCAAUGGGAAGGCACGGCAAGGAGAACAUUAAUGAGGAGCCAGUAGACAUGAGCUCCAGGAGAAGUGACCAGGAUCGAGGGGGGCUCACCCCGUCCCCCGAUGUCAUCGUGCUGUCGGACAAUGAGGCUUCCAGCCCCCGCUCUGUGUCCCGAUGGGAAGAAAGGAUCAAGGUGGCCAACCUGGACAUGUUUAAGGGGAAGAAUCUGGAGGAGCGGCAGAAGCUGAUCAAGGAGCUGAGGGAUGAGCUGCGAUUGGAGGAGGCCCGGCUGGUUCUGCUGAAGAAGCUCCGACAGAGCCAACUCCAGAAGGAGAACGUCCUGCAGAAGAACCCAGUGGCCCAGAAUGCUGCUACCAUUGUACAGCCCUCCCCCACCCACGUGGGCCAACCCGGCCUGUCCAAGAUGCCCUCCCGACCGGGGGUCCCAGGCCUGGACGCGCAGAAUAUGCGGAGUGUGCAGAGUCACGGCGUGAUUAGAACGGCCAACUCGGCGCACCCCCACAUGUUGAUGUCGCAGAGGGUCAUUGCCCCCAACCCGUCCCAGAUGCCAGGGCAGUGUGUGCCACCCAAAGCCAACAUGAUCCGCAGCAGUACCCCGAGCAUAAACCAGCCCAUCAGCUACCCACAGACCAGCUCUUCGAUCCAAUGCCAGCGCUCUGCCUCAUCCUCCAUGUACAUGAACCUUGGCUCCCACAUGCCCCCGGGCUCAGUCAACCGGGUGUCGUCCCCACUUCCCAGCCCAAGUGCCAUGACGGACCCCGUGAGUUCCCAGGCCGCGGCCAAGCUUGCCCUCCGCAAGCAGCUAGAGAAGACCCUCUUAGAAAUCCCGCCCCCGAAGCCCCCGGCUCCUCUUCUCAACUUCCUGCCCAGCGCGGCCAAUAGCGAGUUCAUCUACAUGGUGGGACUGGAGGAGGUGGUGCAGAGCGUCAUAGACAGUCAAGUCAAAGGCUGCUCCUCCCUCCUGCAUAUGGAUCCGUUCAUCUGCGCCCAGUGCCGAACGGACUUCACCCCCCACUGGAAACGGGAGAAGAGCGGGAAGAUCCUGUGUGAGCAGUGUAUGACGUCCAAUCAGAAGAAAGCACUGAAGGCCGAGCACACCAAUCGGCUCAAGAACGCCUUCGUCAAGGCCCUGCAGCAGGAACAGGAGAUUGAGCAGAGGUUACAACACCAGGCGUCCCUGUCCCCUGGCACCCCGCCCAUUGUUUCCUCCAAGCAGGACAACCUGAUGCGGCACCACAGCCUGCGGCAGCCCACACAGCCCCAGAACGUGCUGCAGCGGGGCAUCACCAACGCCCGGGCCAUGCUGUCCAACUUUGCCCAGGCUCCGCAGCUUCCCGUUGCCGGCGGUUUACUGGCCAUGCCAGGUGUGAACAUUGCGUAUCUGAAUGCUGGAAUGGGGGGCCACAAAUCCACCAGCCUGGCGGAUCGGCAGCGCGAGUACCUUCUGGACAUGAUCCCCCCACGGUCCAUAUCGCAGCCCAUCAGUGGCCAGAAAUAGCCCCUCUAUGCACUGAUUCCCACCCACCCCAGCAGCGACAGAUGGCGCGACCCGGCAAAUGGACUUAACCAGCUCCAGACACAGAGUAACCCCGCCUCCCCCCCCCCCCCCCCCCCCGAGCAGCGUAUUAAGGAUCCGUGUUUGUGCUUAACCCCGCCCCCAUCCUUGGACUGGCUUUAUUCCUUUUUUUUGUCUUUUUUUAAUCUAAUUUUUAUUUCGGCUGGUGACACGAGCUUUCUAUGAUGUUUUACUUGCCCUUUAUUUCUGAUGAACUUUGUGCUGAAGUGACUGGGGUGGGGGCGCCAUAAUGGCUACUAACGCGGAUUGGAACGGCCUCUUGGGAGAUGUUGGGGGGCGGGCAGUCCGAUGAAGGGCAGGUGUUAUUGGGGGGGGGGGUAUAACUUUCUACGGCUCUGAGGGGGGAAUAGAAAAUCCAAGAUGGCGCUCCAGCGGCGCGGACUGGUGGCUCUGCAGUGCAGAGUUCUGAUUUCCGUUAAAGGACCACGUUCCUUAUUUUCCCUGGACACGCUCCAUGGUGGCCUCGCUUUUACUUCUCACCAAUCAGCUGCUGGCUCCCUGCAGUUGUGUGAUGUCAUCAUUCAGGCCCAAUCCUUGAGAGCUGUAGCCCCAACCCCCCACCAUUGUCUCUAUUUGCACUAUGGGCCUAUGAGACUGAGGAGGGGGAGGAGCCAGUGGUACUUUAUCGGACUGCCGCCUACUCCUCCCUUGGGAUUGGCUGUACCAUCUGGAUACGUGGCGUGAAGCGACCUGGAAACGGGUUUUGGAUAAAGAUGCACUUCGUAACAUACGUCUUCUUCAGGCAAAAAGGUCAACUUGGGCCUGGUCUUGUGUCAGGGGUUGUGGAAAAUGUGAGCCAUGGAGGACUUUUAUAUUUGCCAGUAACCACUGCUGGGGCUGUUACGGGGGGUUGCCCCCCGCUCUCCUUAUCCGCGUGCCAUCCCUGCACUGUGCCUCGGGGAAAUGCACAGGUUAAAUAUUCCCCACUUGUAUUUCAAGCUGGACGACAAGCACUUAGCCCUUUGAAUACAGAGCGGUCACGUGACCAAGAGUUAACCCUCGAACGGAAUCGGUGUUACUCUCCAGGCUGGCAAGGCCAGCGUCCAGACUCCUAGCCAGCCCCCGAGCUUCUUCCUGUGGAAAAACAAAAGUACCAGAGUGUAUAUAUAUUACACAGGUUCAAUAUUGACUUUACGAUGGGUUCAUAUUGGGGGUCUCACUAGACUUAAGUGCAGUUAAAGGUUUGGAAGGGGUAGUUACCCUUUAAUAUAAAGUUGUAGGACUUUUUUUCAAGUGUUAAAACAAGGGUUUGCUAUUCUGGGAAAGUUCUUUUUAUAUUAUACAGCAGGUGGCGCUGUUCUGUUCCACACAAUGGAAAGUAUACAUGCCCCCAGAAACGCUGGUGAGACGCAGUACGACCGUCCGUGACAAAGCUGUCGGCCCACGAAUGAAGGAGCUCUUGAAUUUGGCACAACCCUCGUUUUAACGACCCGGAAGAGCUCUACAACCUGAGUUUGAGCAGAAAAAAAUGGUGUAAAAUUCUUCAUAAAUGGUUUUUCUAUCGGAGUCAAGUUACCGUCGGAGAGUUGGGACGUUGGACGGGGUGGAGUGGCCUUCGUGGCUCCGCAAGGAAUUACGCUGAUGUUUUGUAACACUUCAUGGAGUUGAAUGUUCAGUUUGAAGGUUACAAUGUGUGCAGCAAAGCUGGGUUUUGAGAAGGGGCGGGGCAAAGACAGUGCAGCCCACCUUCUGUUGACCAAGAUCCAACAAUUCGUCCCGUUGCUGCACAGGUGACUCUAGCUCCACGUGUUCAGUCAAGCAGUGGUGACGGGCGACAUGCCUCAAGUGGCCCUUGGAUCCACUGUGAUGGUGGGCUCUUAUCCUGAGGAUCAUUUUCUGAAUUGGUCUUCACUUCAACGUUACCCUCAGAUUGGGAAUGGAAUGUUCUAGGACAAAUGCUCCAUUUGUCUUGUGUGGGAUCCAGCGCUGAGGAGGCAACUCCCUUCCAAUUCCCGACAAAGCUCAGUAUUUCCCUUCCAGUUCUCUCUCCCAUGGAAGGAGCUCAGAAUUUCCCUUCCAAUUCCCGACAAAGCUCAGUAUUUCCCUCCAGUUUCCCGACAAAGCUCAGUAUUUCUCUUCCAGUUCUCUCUCCCAAGGAAGGAGCUCAGAAUUUCCCUUCCAAUUCCCGACAAAGCUCAGUAUUUCCCUCCAGUUCUCUCUCCCAAGGAAGGAGCUCAGAAUUUCCCUUCCGAUUCCUGACAAAGCUCAGUAUUUCCCUUCCAGUUCUCUCUCCCAAGGAAGGAGCUCAGAAUUUCCCUUCUAAU